AAUAUGCCAAAGCGGUGAUGCCUGGCAUAGGUGAGGGGCCGGCGGGGCCUCUACCUCCUCCACCGCCCAUGCCACCCCUCCCUGGAAUGGUGCCACCCCAGAUUCCAAUGCUAGGGAAAGCGCCCGGUGGAAUGGCACCUCAGCAGCUUUUGCUCAUGCCACAUCCGGGGCUAUUGCCAGUGGUGCCCCCACCCACAUCGGCACCUCCCGCACCUGCGAAUUCUGGACCUAAGGGUGGUGAUGCUGUACCUGCGAAUACCACAGGCAAACAGUUCCCUUGGGAAGGCACCAGCGGAAUCCAGUGCAAGUAUGGCCGGGCCUGCAAAAAUUCGCAGUGCACCGACACACAUCCCACUGGUCGGGGCAUCGAUGAGGAUCCGAACAGUACCAUUUGCCGCUUUGGGCGAAAAUGCAAACGGCAAGGUUGCUUCUUUGUGCAUCCACAAGGCCGCGAGGUAGAUGAUGAUCCCUCGAAAGGUCUAUGUCGCCAAGGCGUUGCAUGUAAGCGUCCUGAUUGCCUGUAUUCACAUCCAGAGGGGCGAAUAGUGGAAGGUCAAGAGUCACGUGCUUGUCAUGUGUGCGGCAUUGCCGGUCACUUGAUGAAGGAUUGCCCCAAGCGCCGGGGUGCUGCAGCGCUGCCCCUAGUUCCUGGCCAGUACGUGUCUUUGACCGAUUUCCCCUCCGAUUGGGAGUCCAAGACGACCGAGGAGCUCACAAUCCAAAUCACGGAGGAACUCGAGGUGUUUGGAGACCUUACACUUGCGCCAGUUUUGAUUGAUGGCCACCGAAAAGCAAUGGGAGUUUUCGAGGAUGAGGCCGCAGCCAAAGCCGCUAUAGAAGCCCUGGAGCCCGUGAUCACUAUUGAACUGAGUGACCCUCCAGUGCAGAGCGUUGCAGACGGGAAGCCUGGCUCAAUCCUCGUGCAAGACUUCCCGAAGCGGUGGCAGGCUUCAGAUAUUGGUGAAGAUGAAGGUGGCAGCUCAGGUGGUGCCCGUGUUCGCAUGCGCGACUUUGCCACGGCCAGAGAAGCGGCCAAGGAAGAUGAGGAUGGCAAAUCUCAUGAAAUUGAUGAGAACCUAGACGCAGAGAUGAAGAACAAAGAGUACCCAGAUCGCAGAGUAGAUGGAAUAGAGAUGUGCCAGGACUACCGAAUGGAUCGCUGUACCCGUGGUGAUCGCUGCAAGUUUUCACACGGUGAAGAUGACAGCGAUGAGAAAAAGGCGCGGCUAGAACGAGAGAGACGAAAACGCCGCGAUGAGAAGGACCGAGGUGAGCGACGCCGGCGCUCGCGCAGCCGCAGCCGCCGGAGGUCACGGAGCCGCGGCAAGAAAGCCAAGAUUCACAUCAUCCACAUCGAUGAAUUGAAGAUGACCAAUCGACCAGACGUAGAGCCAGCUCCAACAGAUACAGAGAUUUUCUCUGAUCCAUUGCCCGAGGAAGAUCUAAUGGAUACAUGCCUCAAUGCCUUUGGAUCUACUGAGGAGAUUUAUGUCCUACCUUCCGGUCCCCGCCGUGGCUACGUCAAGUUCAAAGAACACAGCGCGGCGGCGCGUGCCGUGGAGGCCGGCUUUGGCGUUUGGUCGGAGUCCGAGCGCGUCUUGUCGUCUCAGAGAUCCAAGAAGAAUGAUGGGACGAUCGCCACCUACCCCGACAGCAUCAUCGCUCGACUGGUUGGGUCGCGUGGCGAUGGGAUCAAGAAGCUGCAAGAAGAGAGUGGUGCUGUUUGGAUCCACCUCCGUGGGGAAGACUUGGGACAUUCCGACUACAAGUUCUCCAGCUCUCAGCGGGUACACUUUAUCGCUGAGGCCGAUGACCAUGUGGUGCCCAAGUUGAAGGAAUCAUUGGAGCGGAGAAUGUAUGACAUCCAUGAAAACAUCAUCCAAACCCUUAAAGAGAAAGGCGGCAUUAGACAGAAGGAGUUGGACCCAUGGCCUCCACCCCCAGGGUGGGGUGUGCCGGGUUGGCCACCUGAUCCAUGGGGUGCGCCACCACCUUGGGGUCCUCCACCCGGAUGGGGUCCACCGCCGAUGUGA